GUUCUAGAACUUUCUCCAUCAGUCUAUACAGUACACAACUCGAGAGCACAAAUAUAAAUAGCCAUAGCCACUUAAACUGCAGAGAAAAUCAUCAAAACGACAGCGCAUUCGCGAAGCUUGUUUUCAAUCACGAAAAAUGACUCGACAUCCUACUAUAAAGUGGGCACAGAGGUCUGAUGUCCUUUACAUCACCAUUGAAUUACCUGAUGCUGAGGAUGUGAAUACAAAGCUGGAGCCGGAGGGAAGAUUAUACUUCUCUGCAACAAGUGGGCCAGAUAAUUUGCUCUAUGAAGUAGACAUUGAUCUUUAUGACAAAGUUGAUGUAGAUGAGAGCAUGGCAAGUACUAACUCGAGAAAUUUCGUUUACAUUUUAAAGAAAGUUGAAAGCAAAUGGUGGAGCAGACUACUAAAGAAGGAGGGGAAACCUCCGGCAUUCCUAAAAGUUGAUUGGAAUAAAUGGGUUGAUGAAGAUGAGCAGGAUGAGGAAGAUGAAAGUAAUAUAAAUCUCGAUGACUUUAACUUCUCGGGUCUUAAAUUGGGUGGCAGUGGAGAAGAUCAUGGCAAUGCUCUUGAUGAUGAUAAUGAAGGGGAUGAUGGUAGUGACACCGAGGAAGAAAUCAAGGAUGAUGAAGCACCUGCUACUGGCAAAGCUGAGCCCAAUGAUGAAGAGGAACCUACCAGCACUAAACCUUAGUUAAGAACUUGAGUCUUGAGCUAUGUUGUUUCUGUCACCAUACAUAUAAAUUUACUAGUAUCAAAGUUCGUUUUGGAAUUCGUCAAAACGUAUGGGUUUGCUGUGUGUGAUAACAAUGCAUAUGACUUUUGCCCGUGGUGAUCCUUUAAAACUUUUUUUGAGUUGUUGAAGUUGUUUUA